AUCUUGACCGGCACUACUUCAGCUAGCUAGCCUCUCUUGCCGCCACUAGAUCUCGAUUCAAGUGGUAAAAUUAGUUUCAGAAGCUGAAUAAUAUUCAUUGGACUAGAUAUUAAUUAAUAUCCCGGCAAAUAAACAUGCUCUGGAGAUGCUUCUGUUUCUCCGCCAAAGAAGACUCUCUCAACAUCGAUAGUGGAAAGAAGAAAAGGGAUUACCCGUGGGAGAUAUAUACCCUGAAGGAACUUCUUCAUGCUACAAACAAUUUCCAUGAAGAUAACAAGAUUGGAGAAGGCGGAUUUGGCAGCGUUUACUGGGGUCGAACUACUAAAGGCGGUGAGAUCGCGGUCAAACGGUUGAAGGCAAUGAGUGCCAAAGCAGAAAUGGAAUUUGCAGUUGAAGUGGAGAUACUUGGUCGGGUGAGACAUAAGAAUUUGCUUAGUCUAAGAGGAUUUUAUGCCGGCGGGGAAGAGCGGCUAAUCGUAUAUGAUUACAUGCCCAACUACAGCUUACUCACUCAUUUACACGGUAAACGCGCUCCCGAUCUGCUUCUAGAUUGGCCUCGUCGAAUGAGCAUAGCCACCGGAUCCGCUGAAGGAAUUGCGUAUUUGCAUCAUGAGGCUACUCCUCACAUUAUACACAGGGACAUUAAGGCCAGCAAUGUACUUCUAGAUUCGAAUUUCGUAGCAAAAGUUGCCGAUUUUGGGUUCGCGAAACUUAUACCGGAAGGUGUGACACACGUAACAACUAGAGUGAAGGGAACAUUGGGAUAUUUGGCACCGGAAUACGCAAUGUGGGGGAAAGUUUCCGAGAGUUGCGACGUUUAUAGUUUUGGGAUAUUGCUCCUUGAAAUCAUCAGUGCUAGAAAGCCAUUGGAAAAACUCCCCGGUGGGGUGAAGCGUGACAUUGUGCAAUGGGCCACCCCAUAUGUACAAAAGGGAGCAUUUGAUCAGAUCGCUGAUCCGAGGCUCAAGGGCAAAUUCGACCGCGAUCAGUUAAAAGCAGUUGUUAUGAUUGCCAUGAGGUGUACAGAUAAGAAUCCCGAUAACCGGCCGUCCAUGUUGGAAGUGGUAGAUUGGCUCAAGGGUAGUAGCUUCAGAAUUGGGAGUAAAAACCAGAUUAAACUUGGCCAAAAAGUUGUUGAUGAAUCGGAGGAAGAGGACGAUCAGGACGAGGACGAAUCUGAUGUGUUUGGAAUGGACAAAUCCACCAGAGGAAUGAAGGGUUUUGAUCCCUUUCGAGCAGCAACAGGGAAGAAUAUGGGUGGACCGUGGAAGAUCAACUGA